ACAAAUCGGGAGUGUGCGAGCCGCGUUCGCGCGCCUCCCCAUUGGUUGCUGGUGGCCUCGCGCUUGUCAAAAACGGGGCAACAGCGGCGCAGGCUGCGCAGAAGAGGACCGAGGUGCGCGCGAGCGAAAUAGAGCGAGAGAGAGUUAAAGUGAGAGAGUGAUACAGAUAGAGAGCGAGAGAGAGACAGAGAGCGCGAGCGCACGCGAUUACCUGGACUCGCGCGCGCGACAGAGAGUGAGAGAGAGAAAAAAAGAAAGAACUGGGGGAUCUCUGCUGCGCGAGCCUACGGAUUGCAGCGCUUCUGGAUUUUGCGUUACUUACUGGAGUUGUAUUUGAGGAGUUACCGGCGCUCGCGCCCUGUGUACCGGAGGUAACGGAGGGAGGUAACACUCGCUCGUGCACUGUGCAACGGAGAUAACGCUUGUUUUUGAAGAAGAACAGAUCAAAGGAAAGGAGGAAAGAAGCGCGAGGAAGGUGCAUCUCUUUUUUAUUGUUGCACCGACUGUUUAUCUACAUUUUUGUUUGUUUGUUUGUUUCUUGAUCAUGUUUACUCCCGGUUGCACUCACCGGACUUUGCACGGCAGCUGCCGGUGCUGACGCAGUGCAAGUGCGCGGCGCGCGCGCGUGCACACGCGGGAUUCUCCGAACCAGCACGGAGAAAUGGGUCUGGAGCAACGGAGGAGCUUUGGCACGUAACGCGCGCGGAGGGUGAGAGAGCGAGCGCUGCGAAAGAGGGAAAGAGAGAGAGAAAGAGAAAGAAAGCGAAGAAGAAGAAAAAAAAGAAAAACACGCGCGCACGUGCCUAUUUUGGAAAUGUUGGAAGUGUUACUGCUCGCGCUCUCGCUCGCGCAUGGAGGGCUCGCGCAGCUUCGUUACUCGGUUCAGGAGGAGAAGGAGCGCGGCACGCUCGUGGCCAACAUCGCCGAGGACCUGGGGCUGGACGUUACGAAGUUGCACGCGCGCCGCUUCCAGACGGUGCCCAGUUCGCGCACGCCGUACCUGGAGGUGAACGUGGAGAACGGAGCGCUGCUCGUGGGCGCGCGCACCGACCGCGAGGAGAUCUGCCGCCAGAGCGCGCAGCAGCAGCAGCCGUGCCUCCUGCACCUGGAGGUGUUCCUGGAGAACCCGCUGGAGCUCUUUCGGGUGGAGGUGGAGGUGCUGGACAUCAACGACAAUGCGCCCGCCUUCCCUUCGUCCGACAUCGUGGUGGAGAUCACAGAGAGUGCCACACCUGGUACCCGCUUCCCUCUGGAGAGUGCCGCCGACCCCGACGUGGGCACCAAUGCUCUCAGCAACUACGCCAUCACCGCCAACGAGUACUUCAAACUGGAUGUGCAGACGCAGGGCGACGGCAACCUCUUUGCCGAGCUGGUCCUGGAAAAGCCUCUGGACCGGGAGCGCCAGGCUGUCCACCGCUACGUCCUGACUGCUGUGGAUGGGGGCCAGCCACAACGCACUGGUACCGCCCUGCUGGUGGUGCGAGUGCUGGACUCCAACGACAACGCACCUGUCUUCGACCAGCCUGUGUACACUGUUAAUCUACGAGAAGACUCUGCUCCAGGCACGCUUGUCAUCCAGCUGAAUGCAACAGACGUGGACGAGGGCACCAACGGCGAAGUGGUGUACUCUCUGAGCAGCCACAACCUGCCCAGUGUGCAGCAGCUCUUCGCUGUGGAUGCACAGAGUGGGCGCGUGGAGGUAGCGGGAGCCGUGGACUACGAGGAGAGCAACACGCACCAGAUCUACGUGCAGGCACGUGACAUGGGGCCCAACGCCGUGCCAGCUCACUGCAAAGUCCUGGUGAAAGUGGUGGACAUGAAUGACAAUGCUCCUGAGGUCAGCUUCAGCACAGUGAGCGAAGCCGUAAGCGAGAGCUCAGCGCCUGGGACUGUGGUGGCCAUGCUGAGCGUCUCAGACAAGGACUCUGGGGAGAACGGGCAAGUGAGCUGUGAGCUGCUGGGUGACGAUGCUGCACCUUUUAAGCUCAAGCCGUCCUUCCGGAACUACUACACGGUGGUGACAGAUGGACAGCUGGAUCGUGAGGUGGCGGACAGCUACACAUUGACAGUGGUGGCGAGGGAUGGCGGGACCCCGCCGCUCUCCACAAGCAAGUCAGUGAGGGUGCGCGUGUCGGAUGAGAACGACAAUGCACCCAGAUUCACACAGCCUGCGUACGACGUUCACGUAAGCGAGAACAAUGUUCCAGGUGCAUACAUCUAUGCUGUCAGUGCACUGGACCCAGACCUGGGGGCGAAUGCUCGCGUGACCUAUGCUAUCGAGGAGCGUGAGAUCCAGGGCAUGUCUGUGCUCACGUACGUGUCUGUCAACUCGGAUAAUGGCUACUUGUAUGCUCUUCGCUCGUUUGACUAUGAGCAGAUACGGGAGUUCAGCUUUAUUGUCAGUGCCCGGGAUUCAGGUGAUGAGCGACAGCUUGCAGACAAUGCAACCGUGCGGGUGGUGGUGGUUGAUCAGAAUGACAACGUGCCUAGCAUCAUUGCACCUGCCGCGCAAAACGGCACUGCCUUGGAACGUCUCCCUCGGACAGCUGAACCAGGCUACCUGGUGACCCGGGUGAUCGCCACGGACGCGGAUGAUGGCGAGAACGCCCGAUUAUCGUACAGUAUUAUCCACGGCAAUGAGCUAGGCAUGUUCCGGAUGGACUGGCGAACUGGGGAGCUCCGUACAGCGCGGCGUGUCGUGUCAAAAAAGCGCGACCCCACGCAACGACCGUAUGAGCUCCUGGUGGAAGUGCGUGACCACGGCCAGCCACCGCUCUCUGCUUCCGCCACCAUAAGUGUGGUGCUGGUGGACGCUGUUGCCGGAGGGGCAUCUGGCAGGGCGGAGAAAGGCGGGCAUGGUGGACACAGUGGGCAUGGCGAGGGCACCCUGGACCUUACCCUGAUCUUGAUUGUUGCUCUUGGCUCUGUCUCCUUCGUCUUCCUUCUGGCUAUGAUCGUGCUGGCUGUGCGCUGCCGCAAGGACAAGAAGCUGGGUGCGCGGUCCUGCCUCGCGAGGGGCAGUGAGGAAUGGUGCAUGUGCUGCGCGUGCUGUACAUGCUGCGGGCUCGGUGGCAGCGGCGUUGGCGGCGUCGGAGGGGUGGGCGCAGGGGCCCGACGUUCACGCAAGAAAAAAAAGCUGAGCAAGUCGGACAUCAUGCUUGUGCAAAGCGCCGCAGGCCAGGGUGGGAACGUACACGCUCAGGUGCCCGUGGAGGAGUCGGGGAGCUUUGGUGCACGGCACCUGCACCGCAGUGCCCAGAACUACUGCUACCAGGUGUGCCUAACGCCUGAGUCCGCCAGCACCGAACUGAUGUUCCUCAAGCCUGGAGGAGGUACAGACGGAGCAGUGGGCGCCAGCUUCGCUGAGCAGCAGCAGCAGCAGCCGGACAUCAUCUCCAACGGCAGCAUACUGUCCAGCGAGACAAAACACCAGAGAACAGAACUCAGUUAUCUGGACAGACCACGGCGUGUGAACAGCUCAGCGUUUCAGGAGGCGGACAUAGUGAGCUCUAAAGACAGCGGGCACGGAGACAGUGAGCAGGGGGACAGUGACCACGACGCCACCAACAGAGGGCACUCCACCGGAGCAGACCUGUUCUCCAACUGCACAGAGGAGUGUAAGGCGCUGGGUCACUCCGACCGCUGCUGGAUGCCUUCCUUCGUGCCCGGCGACGGUCGCCAGGGCGGCGAUUACCGUAGCAACCUGCACGUGCCGGGGAUGGACGCGGUGCCAGACACUGAGGUACAGGCGGGCGUAUCGCCGGGCAUGCUGGGAGAUGACCGCUCAUUUUCCACGUUCGGCAAAGACAAGUCACACCACGGCACCCUCACACCACACGAUCUGCUCUUACCCAGCGCCAGAGCGCCUUACAAACCCGCCUACCUGUCACGCAAAAGGAUUUCCUAGCACGUUCCGCGUGGACAUGUCGGAAACGGCGUGAGCGUCUGUUUGCACAGUAAAGCGAGCGGCCCAAAGCGACCCGCGCCCUGCCGGUUCCGUCGGGGUGUUGGUUUUUGUUCAUUUGUUUCUUUUUACGUUUUUUGCUUCCGUUUGACGUGGCCGAGCCGGGCCGGCUGGGUGCUGGGCGUUGCGCCGCACAGCGCCCCCUCCUGGACGUUCUCAGCGGGACUGAGGAAAGCGUACAUCGGACCGCCGCACCCGGAAUAACGGAUGGACGGACGAUUGGCUGUAAGGGCCGUAGGGAUGGACUGUUGACGCUGUUGGUUGGAAGUCGUUUGCCGCUUCCCUUGGAAGUUAACGUUGGAAGUUGACGUUAACGGAUCCGUAAAAAAACUUUCGAUAUAUCUGAGCCCUUUAGCUAUCUCACACAUAUAUGUACACAUACACACAGAUAUACUGAAACACAUUUUGAAACACUGAACUGAACUGAACAGUGCAGCUCCAUGUGUUCCAGACUGUUUUUCUAGUUUUCCGUUUAUUUUCGUUCUCUUUUUUUCCGUGAAGUCCGUGUUUUCUUCGCUGGAGCUGCUCUUAUUAUUUACUCUCUUUGUAAAAAAAUAAAAAAUCGACAACAACACGGACUUACGGACGAGUGGGAGGAGCCUAAAAAGGAGGCGAGCGAACAAAACAAGGGGUUCCUUAACAAAGGAACGAAGGACAAAAGCGAAAAGAAAAAACAAACAAAAAAAACUUUCGUCUGGAAAAAAAGAAAAACGUUUCGAACAUUCCAAGAGCUCCGGGCGCUCCGGACGUUCCGGGCGCCCUGUGCUUUCUCUUCAUGUGUGCGAAGUGUGUGCUGUACUCUUUUUUCCAAGCUUCAGAAACGAUGACACAUUUAUCUCUAUAAAUAUCUAUAUAUCUAUAUCUAUAUAUCUCUCUCUCUAUAUAUAUAACCUUUCUUUUAUAGCCCUGAUUUUCAACCUGUGUAGCUCAUCGGUUCGUUUUUAAAAAAGAUCACCAUCAGCCGCCAUCAAUGUGUGCUGGAAAGCGAGGCCUAGAGCCAGCUGUGGGCCGACUCUACCCCUCAAUCAAUGGAUCAAUCGGUCAAUCGACGGAUCGACCAAUCAAUGAAUGAAUCAAUCAAUCAAUCGAUUAUUUAUUGCCUUUUUCAUUUUUUCUUUCAAUGCUUUUUCCUUAAUUGGAGAAGGCCCACAGAUCUCAGAGCACUGCCUCUUUACUCAUCGCCACCGUCCUGUGUUUUGACUUCAAUAGGUAGUGCUGACAUUACACUGUAUGUCGACUACUGUACGUACACACACACACACACACACACACACACACAUGUACACACACACACACACACACACACACACACACACACUCUCUCUCUCAAGGUGAAGUGAUGACUAAUAAACAUUUACACCCAA